GCUUCGUAUAUUGUGCUGGUUCUCAGUAAAGAGCUGCCAUGGGUGCAGGCCAAUCGGUGCCAGAUCAGGGAAAAGCACCGUCUCGUGGUCUUCAUGUACUGCGUGUAACACCAGGUUCUCCAGCUUCUCAGACAGAUAUCGAGCCGUUCUUCGACUUCAUAGUCGGAUACGAGGAUGAGGCGUAUUCAAGUCAAGUAGCAAACAUUGAGGCUCAUGAUUUCGAGCGUGUCGUGGAAGAACACGAAGGACGGCGCUUACAGCUGAUUGUAUGGAAUAGUAAAGGGCAGACGAUACGGCGCGUUUCCAUCUUUCCCUCACGCGAGUGGUCGCAGUCGCAGCAAAAUGUGGAGGAGUCCGAUGGCAAAACCCCUGCUUCUCAGCCAUCAUUACUUGGUCUGAGCAUGCGCGUCUGCGAACCCGAAUUUUCACUUGAUCAUGUGUGGCACGUACUGGACAUACUGGAGAACAGUCCUGCCGAAAGUGCUGGUCUCGUUCCUUAUGGUGACUGGAUUGUUGGGUGGUCCGGUGGUGUAUUAUCGGCCGAGGGUGACUUCUAUGAUCUGGUCGAGGCCCAUGAGGAUAAGCCCCUGCGAGUCUACGUCUAUUCUUAUGAUUUUAACACUCUGAGAGAAGUAGUCCUAGUACCAAACCGCCAGUGGGGCGGGGAGGGUCUUCUUGGUUGCGUAUUUGGCUAUGGGCUAUUGCAUCGAAUACCACCUGUCAAUGAAGAUCAGCAGGAGGAACAGUACUACGAUGACGCAGAGGUGUUCGUCCCAGCUGACAACGGAGACUACCAGGGGUAUGGCUAUAGCACCGCCGAGGAACAGCCGCAAGAUCAUGAGCGGCGCACGGCCCCAACGCCCGUCACGCGUGGCGAGAGUACCAUGAGUACAAGACUUAAUUCUCAAGCGGAUCAGCCACAUAGUUCUCUCCACUAUCUGGACCCUCCAAUCCGAUCUGCAGUAUCUCCUGUUCCAUAGACGCAUGAGCAACCAUCAGCACGAUUAUUGGGGUUGCUGCGUCGUAUGCAGUUGGUAUAUCUUUGGACGGAAGAGACCCCAGUUUCGUCUUUUUGCUCUCAAGCGCUCAUGCUUCUUCAUCAUGCAAUGCGAAUAAGCUUCGUGUCAUUUUUGCCACCGCUUUGGCGCUAUUUCAUCGGGCAGCAGGGUAUGCACGAGAUCUUUCUUAUAUUUAUGCUAUAAUUUUGUCACAGCGGGCCGCACCGUUAAUGUCAACUGAGUUACUGCGAACACUGGAUUUUCGGCCUGCCUGGAAACCCGCGCCUCUGGAGCUUAGACGGCCUUUCG